ACUGAAAAGAAAAAGACCCAAGAGACAACUCGAGAGACAAGCAGGAGUCAGAAGGGCAUAUCACCCACCGGACAGUGUCGACCCGAGUCCCCCGUUUACACCAACCUCCAGGAGUUAAAGAUCUCUCAGUCGUCUCUCCCACCUGUUCCCUCUUCCUCCCCUCUUCAUAUCCUGGGCGACUGGGAAACGCACAAAGAUAUGAGUGGAAGAAACUUCUACUACAACCGCAUGACUCAGGAGAGGACCUGGAAACCACCACGCUCACGAGACAACGGGGGCAGUCGUGGGGACACUGGAGGGAACACUGGAGACAUGGAGGUAACAGACAACUGGAAAAAUGCCCAUUAA